AUGACUGGAACAGCUUUACCUGAUGCUUUUGUUUAUAGAAGACUGGUGGGAAGGCUGCUAUACCUCACUCAUACUCGACCUGAUAUAACAUAUGCAGUUCACAAGCUUAGCCAGUACAUGUCUAUACCGAUUGAUGCUCAUCUACAGGCGGCUUAUAGAGUCUUGCGAUAUCUGAAGAAUGAUCCUAGUCAAGGUCUUUUCUACUCUGCAUCAUCUCCGAUGAAGCUAACAGCGUAUUCUGAUGCUGAUUGGGCCGCGUGUCCAGAUUCUCGCCAAUCUAUUACUUGUUAUUGUGUCUUCAUGGGUGAUUCUUUGGUUUCUUGGCGAGCAAAGAAACAACAAACUGUAUCCCGAAGCAGCUCUGAGGCGGAAUACAGAGCAAUGGCAGAUGCAACAUGUGAACUGAUUUGGUUGACAACGGUGUUAGGUGAAAUGCAUUGUUCGCCAAUGUCUCCGGCCACUCCAUUUUGUGAUAAUCAGUCUGCUCUAUACAUUGCUUCCAAUCCGUUUUAUCAUGAGCGUACGAAGCAUGUCGAAAUAGAUUGCCAUGUGGUGCGAGAGCGCUUAAAGAGUGGUUUCUUGAAGACACUUCAUGUCAAGUCCGAGUUACAGAUAGCUGACGUUCUCACCAAGGCAGUGCAACCAGGACUUUUCAAGAAUCUGAUUGACAAGAUGGGAAUACAGAGCUUGUGCCUUCCAUCUUGA